CAGUCUGGCCGGAGUUGGCUGGAGCGGUUGCCAUGACAAGCAUUUUCUUAAGACAGCUCUGCUGUUGAGACCGUCCUAGGCUGGGGGUGGGGUGGGGGCACGAACUUCCUGGGGGACCAUCCCUCCGAAGACGGCGAGUCAGACACCCGCCCAGCUCCCUGCACCCAUUUUCUUCCAGGAAGGUCCUUCGCGUGGAAGGGCUGGGGAAGAAGACCCAGCCCACUCCCCCAGCUGUAGCGCAAAGGCCAGAGCGCAAAGCCAGCAUCACUAGGUGGUUUGCCACACUGGGGAGAGCGGUGGGUGGUCACCCCACCCUACUCGGUUCAUGGAAACGCGGAGGGAGAGUCCCGCUUGGAGACACCUGAAUCUUUGCUAGAAAGAGAGAGACCUAGCUGCCAUCGUUAUCCAGGGAGCCCUCCUCUUUCUCCUGACGACACUGCUCUACCAUCGCAGUUGCUGGUUGUUGCUAGGGUUGCCUCCAUGGUAACAUGCUUAUCCCGUUUACUCUUCUAUAUGGACAAGUAGUCUAAGCUAGGAACCUUCCUACUCUGGACAACUAUUUUCAUCAUCACCUAGAGGACAACAAUCAGCGUGACGCCAAGUCCCUUUUCUACUAAGUUCCCCAACCUCUUCCUCCUCUCACAGUAGACUUGAUACAGAAGGGAAGAUCUAGGCUUGGUGUUACGACUCUGAAGCUUACUGCACAAGAUAUUGCCAAUUUAUCCCCUCACUGGGCUCCCAGCGAAGAAAGAAGUGGGAAGAAACAGGGAAGAGAAGGCAAGAGACACUGAUCAGUUGGAGAGAAACUCUACAUCUUCUCUGAGAGUCUGGUAACCGCAGGCAAAAUGACGAACCCAUCAGGACAUAGCUUGGGGAGGAACUCGGUAGGUGAGAACUAUGAAGGGGAGUUUGGCUGCACAUUAAAGGACCUGAGAAAGCUCAUGGAGCUGCGUUCGGUGGACGCAAUCAACCAGAUCAAUGCCCACUAUGGAGGUGUACAGGACAUCUGCGCCAGACUGAAAACCUCCCCUGUAGAAGGUCUAUCUGGGAACCCUUUAGAUCUGGAGAAGCGUAGACUUGUUUUUGGACAGAACUUGAUACCUCCAAAAAAGCCCAAGACUUUCUUAGAAUUAGUUUGGGAAGCCCUGCAGGAUGUCACUCUCAUCAUCCUAGAGAUCGCAGCCAUCAUCUCCCUGGUCCUGUCCUUCUAUCGACCCCCUGGCGGAGAUAAUGAAAUAUGUGGUCAGGCUUCAGGUAGCCCAGAUGAAGAGGAAGAAGCGGAAACCGGCUGGAUUGAGGGUGCGGCCAUCCUUACCUCAGUGAUCAUUGUGGUGUUAGUGACGGCCUUCAAUGACUGGAGCAAGGAGAAGCAGUUCCGGGGGCUGCAGAGCCGCAUUGAGCUCGAGCAGAAAUUCUGCAUUAUCCGCAAUGGCCAGCUCAUUCAACUCCCCGUGGCUGAGAUUGUGGUGGGAGAUAUUGCCCAGAUCAAAUAAGGUGACCUGCUGCCUGCAGAUGGAAUCCUAAUCCAGGGGAAUGACCUGAAGAUUGAUGAGAGCUCUCUGACUGGAGAAUCAGAUCAUGUCAAGAAAUCUCUGGACAAAGAUCCCAUGUUGCUCUCAGGGACUCACGUGAUGGAAGGUUCUGGCAGGAUGGUGGUGACUGCCGUGGGGAUCAACUCCCAGACUGGAAUCAUCUUCACCCUCUUAGGGGCCAGUGAGGAGGAGGAGGAGGAGGAUGAUAAGAAGAAGAAAGGUAAAAAACAAGGAGUCUCUGAAAAUCGCAACAAAGCAAAGACCCAAGAUGGAGUGGCCUUGGAAAUCCAGCCACUCAACAGCCAGGAGGGCACCGACGGCGAGGAAAAGGAGAAGAAGAUAAGCAAGGCGCCCAAGAAGGAGAAGUCGGUGCUGCAGGGCAAGCUCACGCGCCUGGCCGUGCAGAUCGGGAAGGCGGGUCUGAUCAUGUCUGCCCUCACGGUUAUCAUCUUGAUUCUAUACUUUGUGGUUGACAAUUUCGUGAUACAGCGCAGAGCAUGGCUACCCGAGUGUACUCCCGUCUACAUCCAGUAUUUCGUCAAGUUCUUCAUCAUCGGCGUCACUGUCUUGGUCGUGGCUGUGCCUGAGGGCCUGCCGCUGGCUGUCACCAUCUCACUGGCCUACUCUGUGAAGAAAAUGAUGAAGGACAACAACUUGGUACGGCACUUGGAUGCUUGUGAGACAAUGGGCAAAGCCACAGCCAUUUGCUCUGAUAAGACAGGAACACUGACCAUGAACCGCAUGACAGUGGUACAGGCUUACAUUGGGAACACUCAUUACCGCCAGAUCCCGAGCCCUGACGCCUUACCACCCAAGGUUCUGGACCUCGUGGUCAAUGGCAUUGCUAUUAACAGUGCUUAUACUUCUAAGAUUCUGCCUCCAGAAAAGGAGGGAGGCCUACCCCGGCAGGUAGGCAACAAGACAGAGUGUGCCCUGCUGGGCUUUGUCACAGAUCUGAAGCAAGAUUACCAAGCAGUUCGCAAUGAGGUGCCCGAGGAGAAGCUCUUCAAAGUGUACACCUUCAACUCAGUGCGCAAGUCCAUGAGCACCAUCAUCAGGAAGCCGGGAGAGGGCUUCCGCAUGUUCAGCAAAGGCGCCUCUGAGAUAAUGCUGCGCAAGUGUAAUCGAAUCCUGGACAAGAACGGCGAAACCAUUCCAUUUAGAAGUAAGGACAGAGAUGAUAUGGUACACAACGUCAUUGAGCCCAUGGCCAGUGAAGGACUCCGGACUAUCUGCAUAGCUUACCGGGAUUUCGAUGACGCAGAGCCCUCAUGGGACAAUGAGAAUGAAAUCCUCACUGAGCUGAUUUGCAUUGCCGUGGUGGGCAUUGAGGAUCCUGUGCGACCAGAGGUACCAGAUGCAAUUAACAAAUGCAGACGGGCUGGCAUUACUGUCAGAAUGGUGACAGGUGAUAACGUCAACACGGCCAGGGCCAUCGCCACCAAAUGUGGCAUUCUGACCCCCGGAGAUGACUUCUUGUGCUUAGAAGGCAAAGAAUUCAACAGGCUUAUCCGCAAUGAGAAGGGCGAGGUGGAACAAGAGAAGCUGGACAAGAUCUGGCCCAAGCUUCGGGUGCUGGCACGAUCAUCCCCCACGGACAAGCACACCCUGGUGAAAGGUAUCAUUGACAGCACGGUUGGGGAACAGCGGCAGGUCGUGGCUGUCACCGGUGAUGGGACAAAUGAUGGACCUGCUCUAAAGAAAGCAGAUGUUGGCUUCGCCAUGGGUAUUGCAGGCACAGAUGUGGCUAAGGAGGCUUCAGACAUCAUCCUGACCGAUGACAACUUCACCAGCAUUGUGAAGGCAGUGAUGUGGGGACGGAACGUCUACGACAGCAUUUCCAAGUUCCUGCAGUUCCAGCUGACGGUCAAUGUGGUGGCUGUGAUCGUGGCGUUCACUGGAGCCUGUAUCACUCAGGAUUCUCCACUGAAAGCCGUGCAGAUGCUGUGGGUUAACCUGAUCAUGGACACUUUUGCUUCACUGGCCCUGGCCACAGAGCCCCCUACCGAGUCUCUGCUGAGGCGUCGCCCCUACGGGAGAAACAAGCCCCUGAUCUCACGCACUAUGAUGAAGAACAUCUUGGGCCAUGCAGUGUAUCAGCUCACGGUCGUCUUUGUCCUCGUCUUUGCUGGCGAUAAACUGUUCGACAUUGACAGUGGCAGGAAGGCGCCUCUCCAUUCCCCGCCCAGCCAGCACUACACCAUUGUCUUCAACACCUUUGUGCUGAUGCAGCUCUUCAACGAGAUCAACUCCCGCAAGAUCCACGGCGAGAAGAACGUCUUUGCGGGCAUCUACCGCAACGUCAUCUUCUGCUCUGUGGUUUUAGGCACGUUCAUCUGCCAGAUUCUCAUCGUGGAAUUUGGGGGUAAGCCCUUCAGCUGUACAAACCUCAACAUGGAGCAGUGGAUGUGGUGUCUCUUCAUAGGGAUUGGAGAACUUCUGUGGGGUCAGGUCAUCUCGGCCAUACCCACCCAGUCUCUGAAGUUCCUGAAGGAGGCUGGGCAUGGCGCUGCCAAGGAUGAGAUCACCAAGGAUGCCGAGGGACUGGAGGAGAUCGAUCUUGCUGAGAUGGAGUUGCGCAGGGGCCAGGUGCUCUGGGUCCGUGGCCUGAGCCGGAUUCAGACUCAGAUUGAAGUAAUUAACACAUUCCAGACGGGAGCCUCUUUUAAGGGAGCCCUAAAGCGACAGAACAUCCAAGUGCUCAAAAUGUUCCAUAGUUACCCUGGAGCGAAAUCCAGGCACGAAAGCUCCAUUCACCACUUCAUGACCCAACCUGGAUACAAUGCAGAUGAUGAACCUCUACCAUCCUUCAUAGAUGAUCACGAGGAAGACCCUGGAUUGGUUCCUAAGUCGGGGACUAAGGUGCUCCUAUUGGAUGGUGUGGCCACUCCCAAUGACAACACAAACAACAGUGCUGUGGGUGGCAACCAAGUGCAGACCAUCGCCUCCCAUGCCGACAGCCCUCUGCAAAGCCUGGAGACAUCAGUCUGAACUUCCGUUCUCUGAUUCCCACCCCUGCUUUCCCUGUUUCUUUUCUCAUCCAUCCCGCCUAUGAGGUGAUGAUGGGACUUUGUCACCAUUGUGUCAGCUGCUCCUAAGUGUGUGAGAACCCCUACCUGGCCAUGAAGAAACAAGAACACAGAUCGACGAGGAUUCGGUCAAACCCUGGGCAGGGAGCGGUAGCUCUACUCCUUAGUUGUAACAGUUGUUAUAUUGAAAGAAAUGAUGACAAUCCUCCCAGCAUCACCCAACCCAAAGUUCCCGCGGGGUUCCCACCUGUGUCACCACCUCCUGACUUGGAGAUUUUAGGAGUUUCUGCCAUUUACAAGCUAAAUCGUGAGCUCAGGGAGAGACAAAUACCCUGUGUUUGUGUUUCAGUAGACUGAUUAUUCUUAGAACAUUUUUUCCUGUUUUGAAAAUGUACACCCUAAGGCCAGUAGCUCUUCCUACCCCUCAGUCUGACCUCCCCAAGGUUCUUUGGUUCUUAUAUGACCCUUAUCAUCCUUCCUCUUACUCUUUUUAUUUUUUUCUCCAAGUUUUGGUAAUUAAGAGAACAGAAAGGGCAUAGACAAGUUGAGUCAACUUUGGCCCCUUUUAGCCCCAAUAGAACCUUUCAUUUUGUUCUAGAGGCAGACAGAUUUCUUUUCUAAAAUGGUCUUUUUGGAGUAAAUGAGCUGGUGAAAUAUUUCCCUAUUUUCACUAGGUCAGUUCCGACUUCCGAAUGUGCACCUCUCUCUUUGGGUGUGUAGGGGGUUUUAAGUGACAGGGAAAUCAGCCGUGAGCAUGAAGGUUUCUUGUAUAUAAUAUAUAGUCUUUACCAUGGGCCUGAGCUUCCUCCUUGCCUAAGGUAGUAGCCAAAGAGUGAAUGGGGCAUGACCUUGCCUCCUAGCUGGAUGAGGAGUUCCGGGACCAACAUGGGGCAGGCCUAGAACCAGAAAUCACGGAAGCAGACUAUUUUCAAGAGUAUUUGCCAAGGCUCUCCCAGGGCAGAAGCUGAUUGUUGGAGGAAUGAGUAUUAAGAAACCUUGGGAGGGGCUAAAGAACUAAUCCAUUGGGAUCUAAGAAACCUCCCCUCAGGUUAGACACCUGAGUACCAGCUUGGACAUUCUCUUCUCUUUCCUAUUUCUAUGCUUUGCUUUGCUGUGUCCCACAAUAUUUUCCACCUCUAAAGGAGACUCCCCCGCAACUUUUGCAAAUAUACCAAUGUUGAAAAUAUGCAUCCGAAAGAGGAGGCUCCCUGACAGUGUUCUGAUUCGAGGAGCAAAGGCCCAGAAAGCCCCUGCCUCCUAUCUCCUGGCUUUCACACUCCUGUUUUCCAGCCUCCAGCAGCGAGUGUCUCCACUGCUGCCCAGGAAAGUCCGUGCCUUCCCCCCCCCCCAACACUGCCCAAGGCAUCCUCUGCCAAGGAGCUGGGAACUUCACCAAAAGGGACUUCACCUUACUGGGACAAGGUGGAGGCACAUCCCCGGGUGCUCCAUGUAUAUCCCUGCUCUGCUGACUUAAGCAUUUUGUGCAGGUGGACCAAAUUUAUGUCCCCAAGUCCCAUCUCCCAUUAGAUCAGUGAAGCCUACCUCCCACCUUCGAGGGUGGUGGACGUAGAGGAGGAUGCAUGAGGCUCAUGAGAACUCCAGGCUUCCACUCGGGAGAGAAAAGCAAGAGGAACCUGUCCUCCACUCCUAGCCUUUCUUCUAGAGAUCUUCCUCCCUCCCCACUUUUCACCCAAACUGCCAAGGUAGGGUGGGUGAAGAAGCAGCCACCAUUCCACACCCAUUGCAGUGUAAUCCAUCAUUACAGGCAACAGGGAGAAGGCUUUGACUGGGGUUUUGUAAAGCUGACCCACGUCAGCAGUCUUUCCUCGUGGGGAACAAACAGCUCACUGGAGUUGUUAAUUAUUCACACAUACAAACACACACACGCUCUUAAGUACAUUAGAAGAUUUGAUUCUGCCAACUCUUCUAUUACCUCAGAUUGUUUUUACAAAAGCAAGCCAAUAACAAGCUUCGAAGGCCAUUUUACCAUCCUUGCUCCCAAGAGACUUUUUGUGGUGCCUGGCAGGUCACUCUUGAGGGCUUUAUGUCUACUCUUCAAAGUCAAUAGCUUUGUGUGUGUGUGUUUAUAUGUGUGCGCGUGCGCAUGUGCACAUGUGUAUGUAUGUGCGUGUUCUAGUUUCCAUAGUAAGAGAGAAAAUAUAGAAAUAUGCAAAAAAUAUAGUUUUCUUUAGAUCAAAAACUAAUAUUUUUGAGUCAGCCAUAUAUAUACAUAUAUAUAUAUUGUUUAAAGAAUUUCAAAUAAAGUGCCGUCAUGGAACACCAUGGAGGGGAGCACACGGCCAGCUGUUUGACAUGACAGGUGGCUCAAUAUAUUUAUAAUUGGUUUAAAAAAAUAAUAUACCUUACUUCCUUUCUCCGAACAGCCAUCUUUGUAUUUAGGAAAAAAAAUUGUUGGGUUCUAGACUUUUUUAAUAUAAAUUUUGUUGAUAUGGAAUUGAGUAAGUUCAAGUGUUUCUGUGCAUAUAUUUUUAUGUGUUUUUCUAUUCAGUUUCAGUGAUCCAGACGGCAGUGAGUAAAUAUGACGGAAGUUAGUAACAGUUUCCCCUAAAUGGUGCUGUGGAUUUGAAAGCAGUCUGAUGGGGAGAAAGAGAAUAUGUCAUAGAGCCCUCUUUCGAUAAACCUAGAAAAAAAUGGGUAAGAACCUGCAGGUAGUGAGGGAAACACCCGGAAAGAGGCUUCUCAACUGUCAGGGCGUGGAUGUAUGCUGCCGUGGAGGAGUGCCAGGCUUGUUGCUAACCAGGGGCCAGGGCCAGUUGGGCUUCUGGGAGGACUUAGCUGGCAGAACGGUGUCAAUGAGUCCCUCCUGGUCGGCAAGGGAACUGGUGUGGGGCUUGCUUUUCUUUAUGCUUCUUUGACUUCCCCUUCCCCCUAGAGUGACCCCAUUAGUGAGUUUUUGUGCACAAAUCUGAGUUGGGACGCCUUUCUGUUUUGUAUAAUCCAGCAGAUGGGAGACUGAGCUCCAAAUUGGAAGUGAUAAGUACAGCAAUGGCUGCUUCCAGCUCUGUCUGACGGUUUGAGGACUAGGUCCGUCUCAACAACUCUUCACUGUCCUUUAAAUUGCUUUUUCCAUCCCAAAGGAUGUAAGAGAAACCAACUAGACCCCCUCUGGGCACUUGUAGAUUCCUCAAGUUUGGGUUUAUAUUUUCCUUCAAGCUUUAGGGGACAGUUUCAUCCAUCAAUUAGAGUGAUUAUCUCACUGCCAAAUAUCCAGAGGGGCACGCAAGCUUGAAUGCCUGGAUCCUCUCCUGUAUCCCCCCCCACACACACACUUCUUCCCAUCCCUUGCUUUACAGUUGAAGCUACAUGUGGUACCAUCCUGUCUGCACACUCAGUCACCUUCUAUGUCUAGCAUCCACCCCAUGGCACUGGUGUUGGGAAGGGGGAGCACUUAUAAUGCCUGCUGUUCUAAAGCCAUCCCAGUCUCUUCUUGGGUAGACCAGACCCUCCCUCCCUCCCAUUUAGCUCAGAGCCAGGACUCUUGCCUUCCCAGCUCUGCAGAUAGGCCUGCUGUCCCCUUUCUUCUUCUUGGGAGAGGCGGAGAGAGGUGAGCUCCCUGCAGCUGAAUUGGCCUUUGGUUUAUGUUUUCUCCCCAUAUGUAUAUAUGCCAUAUGUAAAUAUGCCAUAUAUAUGUGCCAACGAAUUGAUUUAUGUCAUCUUUUCUAAGUGGCAUGCAGAUAGGAAGUUUGAGUUUCUUCUCAGUAACUAGUAUAAUGAGCACUGGUAUUUUUGUACAAAAGAAAAAGAAAAAAAAAAAACAGAAAAUUGACUGUUGUAGUCUGCAUGACAGACAUGAUAUCAAAGCAAUGUAUACCCUAGCAUACGUUGCCAUAGUUUGCAGUUCAGCUUAACAGUGCACCCAACCUGUAUUUGCAUUUGAUAUUAUUUAAGCUCUAUGUAUAAUGUUUUGCAUGUAUUUAUAUGGUUCUUGGGGGAUGCUAUAACUGACAAAUCUGUAAUGCAAAUGUAUCGUCCCACUGACCAGAGAAGAAGAGGAGUUUGAAAAUGGGUAAUUUUUUUGGAACCAAUAAAGCUUUUUGCUGAUGUGCAGAAACCAAUGCCAUGCACUGAAAAUAAAAACCCGUGCCCACUUGUAA